AGUCUGUCGGGCCCCGCGUCACAGUGAGCACCGCUCUUCACCCUCGGACGCCAGGGGUGCGUGUCCACGGAAGUUUUGCAUUCGCCGAGAGUGACUUCUCUUUGCUUCGUCUCCGCAAAGUUGCUUCGGGUGUUCGUUCGGCCGCACACACACUUUGAUUUGUAUAUUCCGAGUCUCGUGGACUGUUAUGUGCUGCUAUGCGUCUCUAUGAUGAGCUGCAGUGAGGUGAUGUAUCAGGCUUACUACCCUUACCUCUAUCAAAGGCCGUCCACCUCGCCUGUCUCCAGACCGCCGGCCUUCACGCCCUUUCCGCAAUAUGACAGGUUUGGAAUGCAGCCGCGGACGUCCCUGGAGCAGUCGCAGAGCCCACUUGGACACUCGGACGUGUACAUCAGCCCCGGGGGCAGCGCGGGGGGCGGUGGAGGCGGCUCUGUCAGCUCCGUCGGCAGCCCGUCCAGCCCCAUUUCUUUACACGCCGCUCCUAGUUCAAGCAAGGGGUCAACAAGCAAGACUGUGGUAGCCGACGAAGGUGGCGCCGACGAUGAGACUGAAAACGGAAACGACGACGACGAGCGUGCCGGCGCCGCUCAGUACGUGUCGGCAAAUUGCGUCGUCUUCACGCACUACUCGGGCGACGCGGCCGCCGUCGUCGACGAGCACUUCAGCCGAGCCCUCAGCCAGACCUCCUCAGCCGCGGCCCCGACCUCUUCGUCCUCGGCAGGAUCGACCUCGAGUUCGGCGGCCGGUGGCUUCGGCGGCACCGAACCCGGCACCUCUGGCAAAGCGGCAGGCGCCAGUAAAGACACGAGUUCGCCGAUGUCGGCGCGAAACUUCCCACCGUCGUUCUGGAACAGCGACUACCAGCAGCAGCAGCAACAACACCAGAUGGCCGCCGCCGCAGCCGCGUCGCACCACCCGCACCACCACCACCACCACCACGCGGCGGCCGCCGAACUGUACUCGUCGGCGGCGGCCGCGGCGCUGGCCUCGGCGGCGGCCGCCUCCUCGUCGGACCCGUACCACCCGCACCACCACCACCACGUGCACCACCCCCAGGCGGGGGCGGCCCCCGACCCGUGGCACUACCACCAGCCGGCGUACCGGGCCGCCGUCCACGACUUCACCGCCUACAACAACAUGGCCAGCCGCUUCGGCUCGGGCCAGUACGGCCCCCUGCUGCUCGCCCCCUCGGCCUCGGCCCACCCGCCCCCGUCGGCGGUGCCGUCGGCCGCCUCGUCGGCGCGCAACCACUCGGCCAGACACCAGUACCUGAGUUCAGCCGCCGGCAAGUCGGCCGCCGGCGACUGGUCCUCGCGCCUCCACGAGCUCGAAAGUGCCGCCCCCGGGGGCUCGCACCCCCUCGUCGACGCCUCCACCCACGCCGCCGCCACCUCCUACGUCACGCACCCCUACACCAGCAUGGCAGGUCUGGAAGCGCAGGUGCAGGAGCCGUCGAAGGAUCUGUACUGGUUCUAAAGUCGACUUGCUGCUGGAAUAAUAAAAUAAUCCUCGCAGCAUUCUCCUCUCAAAGUGUCGACUAACUUGAUUUAUUAGUGCAAGAACACAAGACAAAGUGCGGCAGUAUGUGAAUGUGUAUGUUUGUGCAAAAGAGACGCGCGCGUUCGCUCGAGGAAUAAAAAGACAGAAUCAAAAAUUAGAGAAGAAAUUGACCGAUUCGCAAACUCAAGUCAAAGUUGUGGUUUCGUCUUCUGAUCACGAAAAACGAGACGUGUAAAAUAAUUAUAAUAAAAAUGAUAAUUAGAGGAGAAAAAGGUGAUGCAAGAAAGAAAGAAAUAAUCAAGUAUAGGUGACAAUUUUGAAUAAGUGUUGUUGCUACUUAAAAAAAUUGCAUACAUACUUAAUCAAAUCGUUGUGUUGUCACUUCAUUGCUCUGCAUAAAAUUUUAGAUGACGAGAUUAGUUGCAAGAGACGUUCAUCGAAAAAAAUUGUAAAUAUAAUCAAGACACACACAGGAUAAAUUUGCAAAAUCAUGUAUUGAAGUCACUCUCAUCUCUCUCUCAUAACUGUGUAUAACCCAAAGUUGUAUAUUAAAGAAAGAAAUGGUGGAUCAUUUCGCAAAAUUUAUGUGUGGAAGCAAACAAGCCAUGGUAAAGAGCGACUCAAUCGAAACUAAUUCAUUGCAAGCAGGACGCUAUAUUAUUCAAUUGAUCAAAUAUUGUUGUUGAAAUGUUUUAAGAAAACCUCGCGCAAAUAUAGGAAGGAUAAUUCAAAGUUUCGUUUUUUACUGUCAAUCGGAUCUGAAUCGACCUGCAUUCUCUUCUGCUGCUGUUGAAAAACAAAUUUUGCUUAUUUCUGAUGUGCAAUAAAAUAUAAAACACACACACUACUGUUUUCCAAGUUCUUAUAGCGCAGAUCAUAAUACGAUUAUUAUGGCGAAAUAAAUAGCGAAUAACAAC